CAUUAAGGAGGAGACGAGACGUGCGGACGAUAGAAAAAGAGAAAAAGAACGGUAAUCGCACUGAGAUACAUUUAUACGGUAGCCGAUCAUCAUCAUUGACGUCCGAACUCUGAGAUCAUUCUGUCACGCAAGCAAGCCUCUCGCCCACCAAAAUCUUCCUUCCUGUAUCUGAGAAGGAGCGACAAGUCGCCGCUCCGAAAGCAAUAAGGCGAGCGGCGAGAAGAAAAGCCAUUAGAUGGCGGCCGUUCCCUUCACUUGCCUCCUUGCCCUUCAUCUUUCUAGCUUGUAGCGUAAGCCGCCUUGCCUGAGAAAGGGAGGGUUUCUAUGUCAAUGGAGGAACCAGGGAAGCUUCAGCGAGCGCUAAUUGAUACCACUGCUGGAGCACUUGCUGGUGCUAUAUCGCGCACGGUUACCUCGCCGCUUGAUGUUAUUAAGAUCAGAUUUCAGGUUCAACUAGAGCCCACAUAUUCACGGGCACUGAUUCGUGGAAAUAUUGGUGGACCAUCAAAGUACACUGGAAUAUCGCAAGCAGCAAAGGAUAUAUUUAGAGAGGAAGGUUUGCCGGGUUUCUGGCGUGGAAAUGUACCUGCUUUACUUAUGGUUAUGCCAUACACGGCAAUACAAUUUACAGUGUUACACAAAAUAAAAACUUUUGCAGCUGGUUCUUCAAAGUCAGAGAAUCACAUUCAGCUGAGUCCUUACCUCUCUUAUGUUAGUGGGGCAUUAGCGGGGUGUGCAGCUACAGUUGGAUCAUAUCCAUUUGAUCUUCUAAGAACCAUAUUGGCUUCACAGGGGGAACCAAAGGUCUAUCCAACAAUGAGAUCUGCAUUUGUUGAUAUCAUCAGAACUCGUGGCUUCAGAGGCUUAUAUGCUGGUUUAUCACCAACACUGGUUGAGAUUGUUCCUUAUGCUGGCCUUCAGUUUGGCACCUACGAUACUUUUAAACGUUGGACCAUGGCCUGGAACCAGCGUAGGUUUUCUAAUACAAGUUCAACCAAUAUUGGUGAUAAUCUUUCAAGUUUUCAGCUUUUUGUCUGUGGAUUAGCUGCUGGGACGUGUGCCAAACUUGUCUGUCAUCCUCUUGACGUGGUCAAGAAAAGGUUUCAGAUUGAAGGACUACAGAGGCAUCCAAAGUAUGGUGCCCGAGUUGAGCACCGUGCUUACAGAAAUAUGAUUGAUGCUCUGCGAAGAAUCUUGCAAGUGGAGGGUUGGGCUGGCCUUUAUAAGGGCAUUGUACCUUCAACCAUCAAGGCUGCACCAGCUGGUGCCGUGACAUUUGUAGCUUAUGAACUCACAUCAGAUUGGCUAGAAUCUAUUUUGACUUGAAACUGAUGACUUUUCCUUUUGGCUGUUUUUAUUUUGUUUUUCUUAAUCAUUGGGAUCAUCUCAUUCUUUUUCCUAUACCCUCCAAAGGCCCCCAUAGAAGUGGGGAAUAUUAUUGUUUCCUAUGAUUUAGUCAUUAUAAAAUACGAUGGAAUUUUGUAUGUUUUAGGUUUAAGGUAGUGAGGAUAAAAAUAGAUAUAGAUCUCAAAGUGAAUUUUGUAGUUUAUGCAAUUGGCAAUAUAAUUAUGGUCCUACGGUCCUGUUCAUGAUA